AUGGAUUUUGACGAGGAUGCCCCUCCAGAGCUGGUCGACACCGCGGGGGGGGUUCAUCAGGACGGAAUCUCAGUGAAAGUUCCCAUCACGAUAGUUACAGGUUAUCUUGGCGCCGGCAAGACCACUCUGUUAAACUACAUCCUUACAGCCCAGCAUGGCAAGAAGAUAGCGGUCAUUAUGAAUGAGUUUGGUGACUCACUCGACAUUGAAAAGUCCUUGACCGUCAACAAAGGCGAGGAGACGUUCGAGGAGUGGCUCGAGGUUGGAAAUGGCUGCAUCUGCUGCUCCGUCAACUCGCGUAGGGAUACCGGGGUGAAUGCCAUCGAGUCACUCAUGGAGAAGAAGGGCGCCUUUGACUACAUUCUGCUUGAAACAACCGGCCUAGCGGAUCCCGGCAACAUUGCACCGCUUUUCUGGGUAGAUGACGGCUUGGGGAGUACGAUAUAUCUCGAUGGAAUCGUCACGUUGGUAGACGCAAAGAACAUUCUUCGCAGCCUCGACGACCCGAGCGGCAAGGUCGACGGUCCCGAGCCGCACGACCACAGGGGUCCGUUGAUGACGACGGCACACGUGCAAAUUUCGCACGCCGAUGUGCUCGUCAUAAACAAAGCAGACUUGGUGAGCGAGGACGAGCUGCGUCGGGUGCGAGAAAGAAUCGAGUCCAUCAACGGCCUCGCCAAGAUUCAUGUCACGGAGAAUAGCGUCAUCCCCCAGCUCGAGGGCUUCUUGCUGGAUCUGCACGCCUACGACCAAUUCAAUGAGCACGAGGCCAAAGUCAAGGGCCACAGCCAUCUGGAUCCCGCUAUAUCAACGAUUUGCGUGCCCGUCCCUCGGCUACCCCCGCAUCAGCUGGACGACGUCGAUCGGUGGUUGCGCUCAGUGCUCUGGGAUAGCAAAGUCCCAGGGUCGGAAUGCAAGGGGGACUUUGAGAUUCACCGCUCCAAGGGUCGCAUCGUCUUGCAAAACGGAGACGUCAAGAUGCUGCAAGGCGUCAGGGAAGUCUUUGAGUUGACGGAGCCUCCAGGCCUCCAGGAGCCACAGCCUGCUAGCGGGAAGAUUAUCUUCAUCGGGAGGAGAAUUGCCGAGGUGGAUUUCGAGGGCAGCUUCAAGAGGGCAAUCGACCAAAGUUAA